UAUAUUUGAUUGUAUUUUUUUAGAAAACUGAUGGAAAUUGCCAAAUCAUAAAUCUAGGGUGUGGAUUCGAUACCUUGUAUUUUCGCCUGAGGGAUGCACUACAUCAGAUAAAAAAUUUUAUUGAGCUGGAUUUUCCUACAGUCACCGCCCGAAAAUGCUAUACUAUUAAGCGCAACAAAGCUUUACUCGCCAAAAUCCAUGACGAAGAUGGCGAAGUUCGUCUUAGCACAACCGAUUUGCAUGGUCCAAACUAUCACCUGAUGGGUGUUGACCUUCGCAAUGUCGACGAUUUGGAUAAUAAACUUCAACAAGCUGAAAUUGACUACGGCCUUCCGACGAUUUUUCUUGCCGAGUGUGUAUUAGUGUAUAUCGAGGCACAGAAUUGCAAAAAUUUGCUCAAGUGGAUUGCUAGUAAAUUUAGUACUGCUGUUUUUGUUAACUACGAGCAGGUCAAUAUGAACGACAGAUUUGGGGAAGUUAUGCUGAACAACUUGCGAAGUAGGGGUUGCAGUUUAGCUGGCGUUGAGUCGUGUAUUUCUUUAGAUACACAAAUGAGUAGAUUUCUCGAAUGCGGGUGGACAGGAAGUCGGGCCUGGGACAUGGUGCAGGUUUAUCAAAGUAUAUCGCAGGUCGAGCGACAACGUGUGGAAAGACUAGAAAUGCUCGAUGAAGCUGAACUUCUUAUACAGCUAUUCCAACAUUAUUGCCUUGCCAUCGCUUGGAUAGGAGAACUAUUUCAAGACAUUGAAAUCACAGUGGAAAAACGUAUGUCAUCACUGAACAUCGAUUAAAGGUGACUGAGAAACUGAUGGAUUAAGGCAUAAAAUAUUCAUUUAUUUACUAGAACUACAUAUGGAGCCAGAGAAUAACAAAACUCGAAAUCGCUUAUUUAACUUGGAAGCACCCUAAAUUCAGCUGCAAUUAUUUUUGUAAAAGUUAUUCUCUUAAUUAUAAAAUAAAAGUUGGAUAGUUAAUUGUGUACUAACAAAUAUACAUAUCGUUACCUUAAUAUACAGACAUAUAAACUAAUUGUCUGAUGUAGUAGUUGGUUUUAUAUUCGACUUUUCUAUUAACUUUCUAUUAAGGUAGCGAUAUGUAUACAUAUGUAUGUAUAUGUGUAUGUAGAUAUACAUAUGUAUAUACCCUGCCAGCAUUUUCUAUCGUGGUUCUACAAGUCGGUGCUCAAAAAUCUGUAACCGUGUAAUAGAAAUACCAUGAUAUAAGGUCAUGUAAAAGACACAUAAUAGAUGAUUUUUAUAAAACUGCAGUAAAUAUACUACUAAAACGA